UGUAUGUGUAUAUGUGCGUGACGAUCCGGAGCAUCUUAGGCAAUAGCAGUGUUUCAUGGUCUUUAAAGAUCUGCUGGAGUUUGCGGCCACGCGGCCACUGCGGUUACCGGGGCGCAGUUUCGACGGACGCCGAUGCCGCACCGGAGGAUCCGGUUCGGGCCGAGCAGAGUCGGCUUGAAGAUCCGCAGCAGAACGCGGAGGCGACGGGUCUCGCGCUUUCUCCGUCUCUUGUAUUUUCGCACGACGGGACGCCCGUGGGAAGUUUCGCCACCAAUCACGGAUUAACGCACGCCGGAAAUCGCAGCAUGGAAGACAUAAGCGUCACGCUCACUAGUACAACCGCGACGAGCACGAACACGGUCCAUCCUAGCGUGAACGAUGUCGACUGGUUCGCCGGUGUCGCCGAGGAGGACUGGCUGUACUACACGAGCGUCAGCAACGACGUCGAUUCCUUGUGGGCUGUUAUCGGGAGCUUCGUACCGCCGCCGCCCAGGCCACCUUAUGUGCCCGAGGACGCCAUCACCACCGACGGACUCACCACCUGCGACCUGUGUUCCUGGGCAUGGAAGCACGACAGGUUCUCGCUGGAUGGCUCCGAAGGUCAUGGAGAAUACGGAUGGGUGUUGACUCUAGUGAUAGUGUCCUUAGUGUCGGCGGGCAUCGGAGCGGUGGCGAUGAUGAUCUACUCCCACUGUCGAAGGAUAGCGAACGGCGGUGGCAGAGCGAGCUGCUGCGGCGUCGGCGCGGAGGACUCGAGCGUACCUGAGGCCGGCGGGCCCGCGGGGGCGGCUGGUACGGGCGGCGGGGUGGCCGUCAUACCCGAUCGGCCGCCUCUCGAAUUAGACAAAUUACCACCGUAUCACGACGUAGCGCCCAGCCCCGGGCACAACGUGUGGUCGUGGCUGGGCUCUCGUCGUGGCGGUGGCACCCCGGGAGUCGUCACGACGCCGCUCUCCCUGCCGCAGCAUCGACGAGCGAUGAAUCUUCCAGUGGAGAAUCACUACACCCACAUGCAGACCGACGAGGCGUUGUAUGCAGAACUGGACUCCCAAGCCGCGAGCUACGCAAGCGAUUUGCAGUUACAAAUGAGAGGAAGCUCGACGUACGGCACGACUUCCGGCGGCCAGGACGACGAGUACCACGAGUUAGACGCCGCCAGACUACAUCGUCACUACGGGGGCAGCGACGGCUCGCUGCAGACGGACACUCUUCGCACUCGGCACAGCAAGAGGAUACAAGAGCCGGAUUACGAGAUGUACGAGAACGGGCCGUCGACGCCGGUGCCGCCGCCGGGUCAGCACCAUCACCACCACCAUCACCACCACCACAAUCAUCAUCAUCAUCAGCAUCAGGAUCCGCUGAGGAUCGGUGGUACCAGGAGCGGCGAGCACCCGUCGUACCAGAACACGGCGUAUACCGGAAGCGACGCCGAGCCGGAUGGCCCAACGUUGAGCAGCGCUCCCAGCAGCGCUUACUACAGCGAUCUCAGUUCGAAUUCGGCGAACCAGCAGAUACCAGCGGCGGCGGCGGCGGCGGCUGCGGCGGCGGCGGCGGCGGCGGCGGCCGCAGCCGCGGCCGUCGCGGUGUCGUCGGCCGCAACGACGAGCACGACGACGAGUGCGCCUGCGACGGCGACGGCGACGACGAACCUGCAUCUGAGUCCGCAGAACUUGGACGCGCCGCAGUACAGACUGGCGGCGAUCAACGAGAACUCGACGGUGCCUUCGGAUUAUAUUUAACUAAUAUUUAAAGCUCGCGUGCGUGUCUAUGUGUAUGCGUAUGUGUAAGGAUGUGUCGGACAAUGAGGAGGGGGAGGCUCGAGUGAUCGCCAUCGACCUGUGUCCAUCUCGCGUGAACGAGAGGAGUCUCAGAGUGACGCUCGAAUUCUCGACGCUCUCCCUGCGGACGCGGAGGCGGAUAGGAGGCGGAUAGAGGAAGCGUCGCCGGGGCGCGAAGGCCAGGUGACGAAGAAUCGAGUCGAGAGAAUGGGAGAAGAGAGACAAAAGACUGUCGAGAGAUCACUCGACGCUGUGACGUGACUCGGAAGUUUCCUCUGAAAAACGACGUCUCACGAUGUGGUGCGCGCUCGGUGCCGCAAAGUUUUGUCCGCUCGGCGGAGCGUUGUCGUUGAAGCCAGCCGGCGCGGCGCGGCGGAUGCGCCGGGGACCGGUUCCGGAUGAAAUCGAUUUCUUGCUCGGCGACGCUCUACUUGUCCCUUUGUCGCCACACUUUGCGCUCCUGUUAAGACAAUCGACCUGCGCGACACGCGAAUCGACGGCUCAAGCGUUGCGAAUCGAUCGCCGCGGCGGCGGCGGCGGCUACGGCGCGCCAGCCUCUCCCGCGCGCUUUUGCGCUCUAAUAAAAUAGCGGCCGUCCCCGCUCGCGAAAUUUUUCUACGAAACGCAAGACAGGCGGAAGGAGAACCGGUUGGCAGGUAAGUGACCGGGGCGAAUCGCGUCGUCUGAAUUGAUACACGUGAAAACAUUCGCGCGCGCGCGCGCGCGCCAACGACGGCGAGUCGCCGCGAGAUCGCGGACGUGCGAUCGCCUUCGUUAAAAGUGCCGAUUAAUUUGCGCGCGCGCGCUUUCUCCUACGACGCCGGCUCAGCCGUAACGUCCGGCUCACACCGGCGCAAAAACGUAAUGACAGCGCGCACGAAGAACCAUACGUUGCGGUUUCCAAUCAGCAGUAACAGACCGGGUGUGCAGGCUGGCCCGGCCGGCCCGGCGACGAUCUCGCGAAAAUCAGAUCAGUACCUGACGAAAAAGUAGGACCAUUGUUUCCGCCGAUGUGUUGUACGUGCCACUCGCGGACGGGACGAGCGCGGAAUUGCAGGUCUGCUUUGCUCUCCGAAUUUCUUCGAGCGAGGACUCGCUGAGAAUCAGGUAGGCGCUCUUGAGAAUUCUCAAAGAUUCCUUUCAGGCGAGAGCUCAAAUAUCACUUUUGCAGGUGAAGUGACGUUUCGUCCUUAUGCAAAAGUGAUUAUUUGACCGAAGGCAUGGAAUGGAGACCCUCGGUCCGUUGAUGGAAAUUUCCCACUUGUCUAUCGCAACGACGAUGGAGUUUGGUCUAUUUUUCAUUUUCGCGUGAAACAAUAGUCACGAGUCGACGAUCCAGAGUGGAACAAAUCGCUCGAUUAUGAGCGACUCGAUUAUGAGCGUUCGUCACUCUGGAUUGUCACUCUUUUCGAGCGCAAUGUCGCUCGAGGAAAUUUAGAGAGUACUCGAGCGGGGCGACAGCAGCCUGAGAGGAGUAGAAAAUACUCUCGCUCGGAUCACCGCAUGAGAUCGGCGUUCAGCCUGCAACUUUACGACUUAGAUCAAACGCAGAGCCCGCAGAGCUCGAGUAAUAAUUAAAAACUGAAAGUAAAGGACGUAGCUGAGGUGGACGGACGAUGGCCGCGAUGUUCCCGCUGGGAAAAACUCGGCUCCAAAUCGACCGAGGAAUCUCCGAUCCGAAACUAACGCGCUGGAAGCGAAACAAAUUCUACAUGUCGAUCUUGACUGUUUAACACGAGAUAAGCUCGAGAGCACGUUCUCGUACGAGGCAUUAGACGAUCGAUCCGCUAUCUAAUCGCACAGAAUGCUUUAACGUGAUCGUCGGCUGUUGGACGAGCGCCGCGCGAAAGGACGGACUCGGAAUCCUUACGCGAUACCAAUGGAAUGAAGUCGUUUUGAAGAACAGGUGCCCCGUAAUUUGACGUUCAGGGCUGCCAGUCAGCGCCCUCGGCUACGUCCGUCCACGUUCUAAGCGGCCCACAGUGUACUCCCCGACCAUCAUUCUCCCCGUUCCUGUUCCCGUUCCUCGCGCGCGCGCGCGCGUAAAUGAGAUCUCGUUUUCACGUGCGUGCCUCGAUUACGGAAAAUUGCAGAAUUUCGUGACGAGAAAGUCGGCGGCCCAUGAAACUCGACGGCGCGCAAACGCAAUGUCCGCGCGGAGGAUUAUUUGCGUAAACAUUUUAUCGCCUUAUGUUAUUUUCUGCUUUUCUCAUUAUCUUUGUGUUUUUCCUUCAUGCGAGACGCGAUUUACGAAUGAUACAGCGAAAGACAACGACUGGUCGCAGGUGAUACAAUUCUGACUGGAGAGAGAGAAACGACGGUUAUCUCUCGCAACGAUGAUUUCUUUAUCGGAUAAAUAAUUGGAAUUUUUUUUGUUUGAAAGAUUGAUGAGAGAGAUUAAAGGACUCUUGAGCAGAAUUCCUCGAAACAUUUGUAUCUCGCUGUAAACGUGAGAUAGUUCACUCAACAACGCGGAGACCUCGUCCUCUAAACGUCGAUUUCCGAAGUUUUUAAUUAAGUUAUUCAGCGUAGAGUAACGCCUCGCUUCUUCUCAAUGAGACAGAAGGGCCGCGUUAAAAUAUCUGUAUAAGAUAAAUAAUUGAGAAUUUUGAAGAAUCGCUAAAAGAGAUGAAAAAAAUUGUUGUGCCAAAUUCCUUAAAAAAUUUGCAUGGCGCUGUAAAUCUGAGACGCUUCACUCAGCGACGCGGAAAUCCUCUAAACGUUGAUUUUCUAAGUUUUUAAUUAAGUUAUUCGGCGCAAAGUAACGGCUCGCUCUUGCUUUCGCCAACGAGACGGAAGAGCCGCGUUAAAGUUUUAGAUUAAGUUAUUCAGCGCAAAGUGAUGGCACGCUUCUUUUCUCAAUGAGACAGAAGGGCCGCGUUAAAAUGUCUCUAUCAAAUAAAAAAUCAGAAAUUUUGAAAAAAUGGGAAAGGAAAAUGAAAGCUUUUGAGCGAAAUUCCUCGAAAAAUUCGCAAUUCGCGCGGAGAUCCUCCAAACGUCGAUCUCCUAAGUUUUCGAUUAAGUUAUUCAGCGCAAAGUGAUGGCACGCUUCUUCUCAACCAGACAGAAGAGCCGCGUUAAAAUGUUUUUAUGGGAUAAAUAAAUAAUUGGGAAUUUUGAAGAAUCGGCAAAAGAGAUAAAAAAAUUGUGCCAAAUUCCUCGAAAAAUUCGCACCGCGCUGUGGAUCUGAAACGCUUCACUCAGCAACGCGGAGAUCCUCCAAACGUCGAUCUCCUCGUAGUUUGGGAUUAAGUUAUUCAGCACAAAGUGACGGCUCGCCCUAUUUUUUUUUUUCACCAACGAGACGGAACGGUCGCGUUAAGUUCGUGAAAUUCAAUGUUCACGAGCGGUCUCAGCGACUGGACAACGCGCGGUGUAACAAACGGUGUGGGAAAUACACUUCCACAGCGGCGGCGGCGGCGUCUCUUCCGAUAUUCGCGCGCAGCUCGAGGAAUCGCGCUCAAUCGGAUUCGCGUGUCACGCCGGGGAUUAUCGCGCUCAAGCACUAAAUAGCUUUCGCCGUCCUCGCGUCGUAUCACUGCCGAUCGUUUAUCUUCGAUCGCCGAUCGACGCCGGAAUUAAUUCGUCCCGCUCGAUUCAACGGAGAAUCGUUUAAUCGUCGCCGACGUGUUCGCUUAAUUACCUUCUCAGGCGAGGCCCGAUUGUUCCCCCGUCCGAGAUACGAAGUCGCGUUCUUUCUCGCGUCCGCCUCUCGAGAUCCUCUCUCGCGUGUACGCGCUUCACGUCGUUCACCCUCAACUCACCUGCGUGCUCGCGCACGCACGCAAGCACGCACGCACGCACGCAUACCCGCAUCCGCGACGGACACACUUUCGACAGACAAAAAUGAAAAAAAAAAAGGGAGAGAGGGAGAAAGAUAGUGCGCUGUCUCGCGGUCGUAUCGCUAAAUAGAACACGUACAAAGGCAGCUUUGAGAAGUCACUCGAUUCCAGUCACCGAGUUUCCUUUCAGUCACCGCGCCCUUCCUGACCGAGGAAACGAAAUUCGCUGGAAAUUGUUGCAAUUUUCAUAAAGUGGCGCGGAGUGCCAUUAUCAGGAAGUGUCCAAUCGACGCAAUGUAGAGAACCCGCCGUGAAACGCUUUCGGAAUCGCCUUUGUAUGAGAUAAGUACGCCCUUCCGACUGCACUUCGAUCCUUCCCUUCCGUGCCUCGCGUGCUUCGCGCGCGGAGCCGGUCGUGGUUCCGCUCGGAAACGACCGGCGGAUUUCGUCGAUCGGAGACGGCUGAAAAUCGACGAAGAAGCGAGACCAGCUAAGCAGAAAGAAAAGAGAAAACGACGAUCGCACUCGCGGCUGGGAACGCCGUCGGUGGUAGCGCAAUGCGCAACGCGUGCGCCCGACAACGCGGACGCAACAAUGUUCUCUCCCUCUCGGCGGACACGCUAUAAUUAAUUGCGCCCUCGCGGCCACAAUAGCGGCAAGGAGAGCGAGAGAGGGCGGCCGGGGAGGGAAGAACAGAGAGCCGCUCCGCGGCUCUCGCGCUGGCGCAUUAUACCGCCCGAAAAAAGUCCCACGACCGCCGGACGGGCCGGUGGAGGCCCUUAUCACGAGCGUGUUACGCGACAGCGGGAACGUAUUAUGGAAUUCGCUUAAUUAAAAGCCCUCCCCUCCCCGGCCGCCUGCCGCGUUUACGUCGCGUGUCGGCCUGGCCGCUUGGUCGGCUUCGCGGCUGAUUCGGGUUGACUCAUUUGCAUCACAGCUGUAUGUAAAUACGCGACUAACUUCAGAAAUCGGAGACGUUCGACUGAACGGAGUCGGCCGCGCAUCACCGCACAUUGUUAGUUUUUUUUUGUUUUAUUUUACUUUGAUUUUACUUAGAAAUUACACGCGUAAUAAUCAAGACAAAUUGGGUUGUUUUUAAAAUCUGAUCUUAGAUUAGUACUACCCACCGUUAACGACACACAGCCAGAAAGGUCUGGACAACAAUUAAAGGAAUAAAAUUUGCUGAUAAUAUACUGAAAACUUAUUUACCGCUCGCGGACAGUUUCAGAUUGGCGAGAAGUGAACGUCGUCGUGAGCGUAUUAUUCCGCGGUUGGUGAUAAGUGAACGUUGUGGCUCGCGGAAUAUUCCGCGGCUGGUGAUAAAUGACAAUCAUUAUGUGCGGAUUAUUCCGCUUGCGGAUGCAAAUGGGUUAAGUCGCGCUGAGGCAUAGACUGAGCUCGCGGGUCACUCACACACGCACACGCAGGAAGCUAUUCGGUUGAUACAACUGAAUUCCAGUUACGACAACCGAAACCUUCCGUUCCUCAGCAAUCAACUGAACUCGCUUGCAGCGCGAGAGAAAUUCCGUUAGGGGAUUUCUGUUGUCUCAGAAAUAUAAUAAUUCGAUCACCGGAAGCGAGCAAUUUUUUUUCUUUUUUUAAUGUUGUCAAGAAUACAAGUUUCGUUUUUCACACAAAUAAACGGGGCAUUCCGUGCGUAAAUGGAAGGAGGAAAUGCUUCCACGCAGCCAGAUCGAAAAUCGCAUCACUGGCAGCGUCGUUCGACUUCUUCAAACGAACCUCUUCGGUCGCGGUAACUGAGACUUCGUGUCUCUCUGUAUUUAGCUUCACGCCUUUUGUAGAGAUAGCCAAAUGCCUCUGCUGCGAUAACGAUAUUUGCGAGACGAAAAAUUUGAGUUCCUUCGAUCGAAAGCAAUUAUCGACGUCGACAGUUCUUCAGUUUGCGAAAGAGAAUUCCCCACUGCUGCAACUGAAUGUCGUAUAACGGAAAAUUUCUAGUUGCCAUUGCAGAAUAUUUUUAUGCGUGCAUUUAACCCUUGAACAUUAGAAUGUCUUUGUUACCUAUUAUCUAUUACUAGAACGAGUAAACUUUCAUCCAUAAUUUUUUUAUUAUUUUUUUAGGGAAAUUACGAUAACUUUGGCUCUUCGAAGUGAAGGAGAUUUUCGGGAGCAUUUUUAGCAAGAAACAUGAGAAGAAUAGUAAAGAAAUUUUAUCAUCAAUAUUAACACGAAAAAAAUAGUAAAAAAAUUCUGUGAUCGAUAUUUAUCAUUGUUAGUAAGGAUAUUCUCCUCCCCUUUCUCUUCCCCCCCCUCUCUCUCUCUCUCUCUCUCUCUCUCUCUCACGUGUCGUCUCUCGCGACUCACUUGACUCACUCCAAGCGAAAUGCCGGUGAGGAAUGUUGCAGCUUUCUCGAAUUGCGGACAGUCUUGCCUGUUCUCCAGUUUAGCCGGUUAUUCCCUGGUACUUUGCACAGAGUUUACGAGAUACAAUGUUUACGCGAGGGGGGGAGCGGCUCUCCGAAGCACGCAUUUUGGAAGUUCCCGCGCAUCACUGAGACAAUCACCGCUUUCUACGCGAGAUAAAUAGUCUCUCGGCGGUUAAUUCCAUUAGUGUGCGAUGCAAUUUCACCGCGCCGAUCGGCGCGCUUAAUUCGCCGGAAGAACGUGCGUCAUCCGGGAAGCGCGCAGCCGAAAGUUUCCAAAGAGGAGACCCGCCGUCGAAAGGCUCGUGGGAAUACGAUUGGAUUCCUGAGAAUUUUCAGCCUGCGAAUCGAUUCAGCCUCGAGUCGGGCUUCCUUUUAUAACGCAUUCUGUCUCUCUCUCUCUCUCUCUCUCCCUCCCUCACGACAACGGCUUGCACUCGCGCAGGACCCGACGGACGUCCCAGGACGAUCGUAAGGACGGCCCUGGGCCCGCCCUGGCCGGACGCACUGCGUGUAUGUCCGGACCACGGGAUAUAUAAAUUAUACAUGUAAAUAUACGGGCGGCCGACUCUCGGCAGAUCGAACCGCGAGAUAUCGAGAUAUGUGUUGGCGAUUCUACACCCCGCGCCUUUCCCUCUCAUCGCGGGUCCUUCGGCGCCCCUCGAGUCUGGGCAGGCAGGUAGGCACGCAUACGCGAGUGCUGCGUGAACGCCCGUGGCGAAUGCCUCUGUCCUUGCCGAGUACCACCGGCGACUUCGGCAAUUGUACUUAUCCUACGCACACAUUCCAGUCAUGGCGUCGAUUUCGGCCGCGGAGCAGCGACGCUCGAAUCUGCCGAGGUUCCGGCGCGGCGGCUGUUUCCGCGGCUUUCUCGCGAGAACCGUAGCGUGUGAACGAGCGGGCGUACAAAAAAUUCGAUCCAUCCGAUCGAUCCUCCAAAGUCGAAGUAUCGUCACGCAGACAGACGAGAGCGAUUUUAACACAUCACAUUGAGAACGCCGGCUGUUCCCGACGUCCGGACAUUGUUGCCGGUCUUGUUCUACGUGCCUCGUCGGGCCAUGAAGUAACUCAUGGACCGGUCACAGCAAUGUUCGACCGACAGGACGCGAGAUUCCACGUGAUCAACAGUGUGUUUCGCCGAUUCUAUCCGCGAUACCAUCGCGCUCCACUACCGGUCUCGGCCGCGAUUCAUUGAUCCGCGCUGAUGAGAAAUCACCAGCGAUGCGCGAUGCGUGUUAACGCGAGUGCCUUGUGUCGCAACGCACAAUCAGGCGUAUCGCAGCUAGGGUUGCCAGAAAUGACUAUUUCCGGGAUAUUUUUAGGCAACGGUUGAAAAAUAGGUUGUUGGAGAAUUUUAGUUAAGGGGGAACACUACUGUGAGCCAAAACUGGGUCCCAAAAAAGGCCCUUUUUCACGAAUUCUUCUUUACCACUUAAUAAAUUAUUUCAAGAUUGGGGGAAGAGUAUGUUAUUAAGGACACUUUGAAGCAGUUUUAUAUAAAUCUUUAUUAAAAAAUAAAAUUAACAAAGAUAUAUACAACAGAGUGCCGGUCCGUAAAAGAUUCUUCCAACGGUGGAAUUGAUGUCCCUGCAUGGUUCAUCUGGAAAAAAAGAAUCAAAGAUUUUCUGAAUCUGCAUAAAUGUAGUUUUCGUUAAGCGCAGCCGUUUUUUUAUUUUGAAAAUUACUAUUUUUCAAGGCUCUGUGAAUGAAGAAAAAAUUUAGGAAAAGUUGAAGUUUUUUUUAACAUGCUAUUAUUUUGAAAAAAAAUUAGUUAAAGAAACGGUUAUGUUUAACGAAAACUACAUUUAUGCAGAUUAAGAAAAUAUUUGAUUCUUUUUUCAAAUGAACCAUGCCAGAGAUAUCGACUCCACCGUUGGAAGAAGAAUUUUUUACGGACCGGCACUCUGUUGCAUAUAUCUUUGUUAAUUUUUAUUAUUUUUUAAUAAAAAUUUGUAUAAAAUUAUUUCGAAGUGUCCUUAAUAACAUACUCUUCCCCCAAUUCUUAAAUAAUUCAUCACAGUUCCCCCUUAAAUUUGAGCGCAGGAGGGAUAAGAGACAGCUAAGGGAAUGCACUUGCAACAAACAAAUGCGUGAAUUAGCCAGCAGAGAGAAACUCGAACAUUAACCGUGCGACUGUAUUUUUUAUCAAGCGAAUGGCUUGCUUGACAUCAAUUUCCUCAGGUGACACGUCGAAAAAUUCGGCCCCAUAAAUCGCGGUGGCCUCUCUCAAGUUCCUCUCUGAUUAGAAGCAUGAAUGUUAUGAUUAUGAUUUUGUUGAAAUUUUCAUUUUCCAGGACAGAGGACUUAAAUUCCUGGACACGGGACAAGCUUAAGAAUUCCGGGACAUUCCCGGAAAUCCCGGCCAUCUGGCAAUCCUAGUCGCAACUCAGCGGUGAGACUCGCGAGGCAGAGAUCGCGUCAUUCUCGACGACGGGAUUCGCUCGGCGACACGCCGGUCGCAGGACGAAUUCUUCGCACGGGUAUUGCCACACGCUCGUGUCAGUCUCGCGGAAUCCACGCAGAUUGCCUCAUCGCCGCGAGCCCGGAAAUGAUUGAUCGGUCGUAACGCGCGGUAAAUACAACGCCAACGAAGGCAACGUUGCGAAAGCGGUAGCUCAGCACCGCGAGACGAUGCUUCGAUAUCUCUCGAGCCUGUCCCUCGACUUCGAUCCCAAGCGACAACGGGGGCGUAUAACGACUCGCCGCGAGUGAGCUCCGUAUCGAUCGGCCGAUGUGAACGUUCCUGCGAUCAUUGUACAAAUUGCGACUAUUGUGAUGUAACGUUCCGGCGCGUCUUUCGAGUCGAACACUGACGAAUGUCGUGUCAUCUCGAUGAUUCACGCUCCGCUCCGAACUGUGAGCGUAUAUUUUGUUAUCCGCGGCUCUUUCUUUCUCUC